UGACAUUUCUUUGCUCGCGGCAGCAUGUGCGAUAUAAAAGAAGUAUUACCGAUAUUAUGCGAUUACAUUAAUUCGUUAAUAAACACAGGUUUAACGCCCGAGCAUCUUAGGCUGGCCAAAUAUAACGCCCCGGACGAAAUCGUCGCUGACAAACUGUGGAUCACACUGCGCAUUCUGAGCUACAACGCCACGCGAGAGAAACGUGGCGACAUAGAUUUCCGAAAUUACGACGCGCCUUCGACGGUGAAGCUGCAUCUCGCAUUCUUACAAUACCCAGCGAUCGAGUUUUACAGCUUAUCGCAAGACGGCGAACAUAAUAGAGACGCGUUGAUAGCCUUAGCUUGGCUGUUAGGAGUGCAGGAUGUCCUCACUGUCAUCCUUCGAGCGAAACUGGCCGAUAGCGUCCUAGGUGCCGAAUGCUCACAUGUGGAUUCAUCGGAACCUGCAUCAUCAAUUGCUGUACCGAGCAAUCAGCCGUUAUCAACAAACGCUCAGCUUAGCAAUAUCCUACACUUGAAUGCUACGGUAAAUCUAAACUUGCGGGAGAUCAACGAGUUGAUCCGUGAACGGGCUAAACUGAUAUCUAAGGUGCACGCGGCGAGCCUUGACGUGAGUGGUCUGCCGCAUUUGAGCGUGUCCGAAUUAGCGUUGACGAAACGUCUCUCUAGAAGUCGCAUCCUCGACGAUGGAGCAGGCGGAAACUUCGAAAAAGAUCGGCGACGACUGCGAGAGUUUCGCGAGGCCGGGAUUCUGCUCGACGUGCGCGCCAAGUGGCUGCGGAAGCGACACGUGUUUUUCGACUGGAUGGCUACGGUGAUUCAGGAGCACAAGAGAUCUACGGAAUCAAAUCCGAGAGUAAUCAAUACGCGGGAACUCACCGCAUUUAACUCGCUGUUACGUCACGUAAUUAGAGACAAACUUCGAGAUUCCAAAUCCGAGAAGACGGUAGAUGGCGAUGAUUCCAAGAACUGGUCUUUAAAUUGCCCGUCUCGUGCGAACAGAAGUCAUUGUAAUAAUGCGGAGGCAGGGAAUUGGUUAAACUAUUUGAACGAGCGCCAGGUCCGCGAGGAGGAAAAUUUUCAACGAAAUAGAAAGAGUAUCAUUCACUCACCGUAAUUUGAAACACCGCAAAUGUUUUUUCUGACUUCAUGAAAUGAACA